AUGUAUAGAGUAAGACCAACUCAUAAUCAAAUGAAGUGUUUGGUUGAUCUGAUGGCACACGAUCCGCAAUUGUGUUCAAGUAAGUUUACCCAAUCUUUCACACAUAAAAUCGCUCAACAGAGAUGGGAAAGUAUCGCCGUUCAGUUAAAUUCGUUACCAGGAGCUGAGAAGGAUUGGCAUAAAUGGAAAAAAACAUGGCAAGAUACCAGAAAUAUCACAAAGUCAAAAGCUGCAGCUAUUAAAAGACAUCUAGGAGGUACAGGUGGUGGACCAGUGGCGCAACUAGGGCUAACAUUUUGGGGGGGCUGUAGCCCCACCUGA